AGUCAAGCAAGGAGCACUAAAAAAGUCUUUGCCCCUCUUGGAGUCCAGUCGUCUCCGUAGCUUGGAAAAAGAAACCACCACCAAAGAACACAAACUGCCCAUUCCUUGUUUGACCCGAUCAGACCAAAAUAUUAGAAAACAAUCUUUAGUUCACACUCUUUACACACAUAUCUCACUUCAUUUUUUCUUUGGAGCUUUUAUUUUUGGGCUUUGAAUUAUGCUUUUGAAUAUUUAAACCAUGAUGUAGACUUUGUCUUCUCUCUUUAUGAACUAUUGGUGGUCUUCUCUCCUAGUUUCUCUGUGGAAAAGAAGGAUGCUUCGUUGUAGUUUCCAGUACCCUUUUGCCUUUUCUUUGAUCUUCUUCAGUUAAAACUUGAGAAAUCUGAGGUUUAAAUGUUAGGAGAAGCAUGGUUUAAUCGAUUUGACAGUUAAUCUCUGUUAAGCUGUUAUUAGCUGCGCAAGUGGAUUUUGUUAAUCCACUAUUUCAGUUCCGAUUUUGAGGGGUUUCUUCAUGAUCAUGGUGUUGCAUAGCGGAGUUUUUGCUGUUCUUAUCAGUGCUUUCGCAUGGUCACUGCUUCGCUGUAGUUUGAGCUAUGCUUCUGUGGAAGAUAUUAAUUGUUUGAAGAGCAUCAGAGAUUCGUUUGAGGACCCCUUUAAUUACUUAAACUCUUCAUGGAAUUUCAACAACGAUACUGAAGGAUUUAUUUGUAGAUUUACUGGGGUUGAAUGUUGGCAUCCGGAUGAGAAUAAGGUUCUAAAUAUCCGGCUUUCAGAUAUGGGACUCAAGGGUGAGUUUCCUCGAGGAAUCAAAAAUUGCAAAAGUUUGACAGGCUUAGAUCUUUCAAGCAACAAACUCUAUGGAAGUAUUCCAACCAAUAUCUCUGGAUUUCUCCCAUAUGUCACUAGCCUUGAUCUCUCAUCUAAUAAUUUCUCUGGAAAUAUACCAAAAAGCCUUGCAAAUUGUAGCUUCUUAAACAUUCUGAAACUUGACCACAACAAGCUGACGGGUCAGAUUCCUGCAGAACUCAGUUUGCUCAGUAGGUUGAAAGAAUUUACCGUAGCUAAUAAUCUCUUAACAGGGCCAAUUCCAAAUUUCCAGUCAUUAUCAGUAGAAAAUUUUGCAAAUAAUCCAGGAUUGUGUGGGAAGCCUUUGGAUCCGUGUCAGGCGACUUCGAAGGGCACUAAAACUGGAGUUAUUGCUGGGGCUGCUAUUGGUGGGGUGACAGUUGCGGCAAUAGGUGUGGGUAUUGGUCUGUUCUUAUAUUUCCGUAAAGUAUCUGUCAUGAGGAAGAAGGAUGAUGAUCCAGAAGGAAACAAAUGGGCAAAGAGCUUAAAGGGAGCUAAAGGCAUUAAGGUUUCCAUGUUUGAAAAGUCAGUUUCCAAAAUGAGAUUAAGUGAUCUCUUGAAGGCCACUAACAGUUUCAACAAAAAUAAUAUUAUUGGGUCAGGAAGAACAGGGACUAUGUACAAAGGAGUCCUUGAAGAUGGAACCUAUCUAAUGGUUAAAAGGUUGCAGGAUUCUCAACACUCUGACAAAGAAUUUGCAUCAGAGAUGGCUACUCUAGGAAGUGUGAAACACCGUAAUUUAGUUCCCCUUUUAGGCUUCUGCAUGGCAAAGAAGGAGAGGCUUUUAGUUUACAAAUACAUGGUAAAUGGUACUCUGAAUGAUAAUUUGCAUCUUGUGGAUGAUGCUAACAAGGCUAUGGAGUGGUCCUUAAGGCUUAAGAUCGGGGUAGGGGCUGCCAGAGGAUUUGCAUGGCUCCACCACAACUGCAAUCCUCGUAUAAUUCAUCGAAAUAUAAGCUCUAAGUGCAUCGUACUAGAUGCAGAUUUUGAGCCCAAAAUAUCCGAUUUUGGUCUUGCAAGGCUCAUGAACCCGAUUGAUACACAUCUGAGCACCUUUGUGAAUGGUGAAUUUGGGGAUUUAGGUUAUGUUGCCCCUGAAUAUGCGAGAACUCUAGUGGCCACUCCAAAAGGAGAUGUCUACAGCUUUGGCAUUGUCCUUCUUGAGUUGGUGACUGGUGAGAGACCUACCCAUGUAGCCAAAGCUCCUGAUAGCUUCAAGGGAAAUCUGGUAGAAUGGAUUACGCAGCUAUCAAAUGAUGGCAAACUUCAAGAUGCCAUUGACACAUUCUUGGUUGGGAAGGGUGUUGAUAAUGAACUUCUCCAAUUUCUUAAAGUUGCAAGUAAUUGCGUAUUGCCACCUCCCAAGGAGAGGCCUACCAUGUUUGAGGUAUACCAGCUUUUAAGAGCUAUUGGGGAGCGAUACAAUUUUACAGCUGAGGAUGAACUGUUGAUGCCUUCAGAUGCUGGUGAUGCUGAUUAUAUAGAGGAACUUAUUGUUGCUCGAGACGUCAAGGAGAAUAAUUGAAAAGAUGUGGGUUGGUGAGCAGUGCAUCUUGGCAUAGUGCAUGUGUAAGUAUUUGUUAUUGUGCAUGUUUAAAAUAAAGAUUGAUAUUUUACGUGUACGGAUGCUUUUCUUGCUAGUUUCAACUUUCUAAAUUUAGUACUCACUGUAAUGGCAUCAUUUAUAGUUUUCAAGCAUCUAUGUUAGGCCUUUCUGUCUUUUAUUUUGUAUUAGAAUCCUUAGUUAGUAUCCCGGAGGAAAAACUUUAUAUUCAUUUUUAUUUUAUCUCCUGAGGCUUUCUCCGUAAAUGAUUGUGUAUGCAGAAUGAUUAGAUUUACACCAAGUGGAUGGUAUAUGUAAUGUAAGUUAGAUCAAUUUAUAGUUGCGGGACUACUGUUUUCCUUUAUUCAUUAAUGUGAUAUUGUAUCUUGCUGAGUGCUUU